AAUUCUUCUAUAAUAUCGGCUAAGAAAAACUUCAGGACUCGGAAUAUGGACAAAAUGAAGUUCCGUCUAAACAAAGAACUCACAUAUCCAGCUGAAAAAUUCAGGAGAAAUGACAUUGAAGUUCCUAAAAAUAAAAUUACUCUAAAGAGAACUAUGAAAUUCCAGAAGACUAUGAAAGUCCAAAACACCAUAAAGCAAAGAAGUGAGGUGUUGUCAAUGAACUCAAAGUCACGCACACAUGUAAAGAAGGUAUCGUCAAAAUCAUCUCUAAAGAAGCCAUUGACGAAAUCUAAAGAAUCUUCUCUAAAGCCUCCUCCUAAGAAAUUAGUUUUUGAGGAUACUCCUAAGAAGUUUAAAGAAAAUCUGAAAGGCCAGCUGAAGAUAGUAAAUGCUCAAAUUGAGAAAAUGAAUAAUUCGGUUGAAAUACCCCAGAAACAGAAAUUUUUGAGAGAUUUUGACAAAGAAAUCCAUAAUGAAAGAGACGAGAGAAUUCGUAGAAGUAAUCAAGAAUUUAAACAACUUAAUGAGAAUAUCCUGGGCCACAACAUUAAGAUAGUCGAGAACUCCUUAGUAGACGACUCUGAUAUCCUCCCAAACCAUAGGAAAGGAAUACCUUCAGCAAUGAGGAUUAGCAGUGAGAUGCAGAAGAAAGAUAAUCUCAGAAAAUUAACUAAGAAGAUCAUUACUGCGAGAGAUCCAGGUGAAAUACUUAAACACACAUUUGAGCAGAAUUUCUUAAAGAAUGAAGCUCAGCUUCAUACCUUGGAUAACCAAGUGUCUUAUAUAAAAAUGGUAAGGGAUCAGAAUGAGCUACCUUUGCCUGUCUUCGAGAAACUAAGAGAUCAUUGACUCAAGCUUCAUGGAUAUUCAAUCAACAGCCAUCAUAUGGACUCUUUAUGAAAGGAAAUUAUAGAGCUUGAAGGGGAAGUUCAAAGUAUCAUCUUAGAUGACAUUAAAAUUUCCCAAAAUACACUCAUAAAAAUGUGUAAAACAAUCAGUUCAAACCCUCAUAUAACAAGUGUGAUCUUUAGAAAUAUUCGAAGUUGAAAGAUUUCCCGAAAAUGAAUAGAAUACUUAUCAAAAGUUAUCCAUCCUGAAUCUCAUCAAGCAGGGAAAUUUCAUAGGCUAACUAAUCUUGAGAUUCAUAAUUGAUUAAUGAAGCCUGAAGUAGUUGAAAAAUUGACCCAAAUACUCCCGAAUAACAAAAAUUUGCAUAAACUAGUCCUGACAUAUCUCCCUUUAACAGAAGGAAGUGCAAAUAACUUGAUACAAUUCUUUAGCAACAAUUACAAUCUCGAGGACAUAAACUUAUCAUGGUGAAAAAUAUUUCCUAAAAGCUUAGCCUUGGUGGUAAAAUCAUUACAAAAGAUCAAGAAUUUGCGCUACCUCUCUCUCAAUGGACUGAACCUAGAUAUUAAAGAUUACAACUUGGUAUUCAUUGAAUCUCUCAGCCACCUAAUUGUAUAUGUCUUCUUACCUAUAGAGUACAUCCCUGUUUCACCUUGAUGUGAGCCAUACCAACAUAAGUCUUGAUUCUCUGCUUGAUCUGACUCCCAGCAUUCUUUCUUCAAGGAGGCUGACUUCGAUUCAUAUGACCUUGAAGACCACUGAUAUGUCCUUCCAGGAGCGGUUCCUAAAGAUCUUGAAUUCAGACUGUAAAACACUCCCCAAGGAUUUAUACCUCUCCUCCCUCCCCUCUCUAAACCUGAGUCGUCCUCCUCCCUCCUGUCAGGCUUCGGACAGCUGUCUUCUGACAGCUGUCCAGCCUGCACAGGAAGGACUGAGCCUCGACCAGUUUUACCAGCUGGAGAAUAGGAAGGAGAGGGAAGAAAGCAAGGAAUUUGGGGAGAAUGUGAAGGAAGUGAAGGAAGGGAAAUCACAGAGUGUGAUUUUGACAAGGGUUUUGGGACAUUAUGAGAUACCGUUUUCGCAUCAUUGGAAGCAAGUCGAGAAAUGAUGGGUGUGAGAGAACUUUCAGUAUAUAUCCCUAAUCCUUCAAAAAUCCGAAAUGGCCUUUAGCCAUCCUUCUCCACCAUGUAUUACCUUUUCUUCACCCUCUAUUCCCUCGAGACCACUAAUCCCCCUUGCCUCCUACCUGAACGGGUUCACGAAGAACAACCUGCCUACGACCACUUAUUACAUUUCUCCUUCAAGCACGCUGCUUUCCAAAAUCUCAAAGAUCCUUAAUGAAGAUAUAUACAGAGCUAUGAAGAACAAACUCUGACUGUUUAAAGGCAAAAAGACCGUUCUACAAAAAAUCAUCGAAAAUAAGCAAUUUCAGAUGGAUA